GGUGGAAUGGUGAAAUGGACGGAUGUUGACUCUCGAUGAAAAAUAGACGAACACAGUCACAAUAUGGCGACAAUGGUGAUGGUGAUGAUGAUGAGUGCUGGGGUAGCACCUCUUUGUGUCCUGUGUCCGUUGUUCGCUGGUUAGUGUUGUUUACACGGUCGCACUUGGAAAACCAGUCUUUUGGGCGGUUGACAAUACGGCGGCAAAAUCACGCGGUUGUCGUUUUCAAUAUCGUUUCUUAUCACAUCGUCUAGUAGAUACCAAUAUAGAAAUCCACUAAAUUUGUGACAUUAAAGUGACAGUGACCAUCGCAGUGAAAAAAGAAAAUUAAAAAUAUGCCGCGACCAUCACGCGAAUCUUACGGAGAUCAAAAGCCGCCAUAUUCGUAUAUAUCGCUUACCGCUAUGGCAAUCUGGAGCUCGCCGGAAAAAAUGCUCCCGCUGAGUGACAUUUAUAAAUUUAUCACAGACCGAUUUCCGUACUACAGAAAAAAUACCCAACGAUGGCAGAAUUCACUGCGUCAUAAUUUAAGCUUUAACGACUGUUUUAUCAAAGUUCCUCGUCGACCCGAUCGACCGGGCAAGGGUGCCUAUUGGGCCUUGCAUCCCCAAGCCUUCGACAUGUUUGAGAAUGGAAGUCUUUUACGGCGGCGGAAGCGUUUUAAGCUGCACAAGAAUGAUAAAGAUUUGCUCAAUGAGGAGUUGGCAGCACUGGCGAACUUGAAUCGCUUCUUUUUUACCACCAAUAAUGCACCGGCUCCGAUGUGCCCGCCACCCAUGGCUGCCGAUCCAACCAUGUACAUGCAACGCCUGCCGCCAAUGGUAAAUUCCUCGCCUGUUCGACCGAUGUCACCGUUACAAACAACAACGCUGAUUCAUGAUCGACCAAAAAGGUCGUUCACCAUUGAGAGCCUCAUCACACCCGACAAGGAUUCUGUAAUAUCGGUGGAUGACAUUUCGGUGGACGAUCGACCCGAGGAAGAUGAGCGGUUUUCCCAACGACACGUGCCCCUGCCACCGUUGCACACGAUAAACGCUGGCAAUAUACCGUUCCUGCAUUAUCCCACACCAAACCCUGCUACCCUGGGUUAUGACCUGCCAAUGCAUCCCCUGCUCAUGAUAACAAGCCCAUUGGGUGGAUUUAAUCCAGCGGCAGCGGCGGCCUAUUAUCCCACUAACAUCGGAAUGCAAUCACACCAUGCAGCUGAGCUCAAUCAUCGAAUAAAUGCUGGCUUGAGAACCGUGUAGGAUAAACGAGGUUAUAAUUAUUAUAAAUUACUUAAUUGAGCAUAUAUGUAAAUAUAUUUAGGUAUUUAAUUUUAACUUUAAACCAAUAAAAUUGUAUUAAGAUUUAAAAACUA